AUGGCAGCAGCAUGCCCCCCACAGCACAACAGAGCCACCAGAUCUCCUCAAUCCCUCACCAGGACAAACUUUGCACAACUGGAGAAGCUGAGAAACAGGUUCAAUUAUGUUGCAAGUAGCUGUAAAGACAUCAGAGACAGAUAUGAUGAACAAGAAGAUGGGUUGUACUACCUGACCACAGCCAAUGGCAUGGUCUAUCAGACUUUCUGUGACAUGACCACCGCUGGAGGUGGCUGGACGCUGGUGGCCAGCAUCCAUGAGAGCAGCAUUAGUGGAAGGUGCACAGUGGGUGAUCGCUGGUCCAGUCAACAGGGCAACGACGCCAACCGGCCAGAUGGAGAUGGGAACUGGUCCAACAGAAACACAUUUGGAACUGCAGAGGGCACCACUUCUGAUGAUUAUAAGAAUCCAGGUUACUAUGAUAUAUCAGCAAAAGAUAUGUCUGUGUGGCACGUUCCCAACAACUUUCCGCUGGAGCACUGGAACCUGGCAUCCAUCCUGCGCUACCACACUAGCAACCGCUUUCUCAGCCUGUAUGGAGGGAACCUCUUUGAGCUCUUCCAGCAAUAUCCAGUGAGAUACAACAUUGGUUCGUGCAGCAACAGAGGUCCAGCCAUUCCUAUUGUGUAUGACUUUGGAGACGAGGAGUCCACCAGACAGUUUUAUGGACCGAAACCAAGAAGGGAGUCUGAACCAGGAUUCAUCACAUUUAGACCAAUAAACUAUGAGCGUGCAGCCAUGGCUAUCUGCUCUGGGCUCAAGCCAACCGGCUGUAACUCUGAACAUUAUUGUAUAGGAGGAGGAGGGUAUUUCCAUCCAGAACAGUGUGGGGAUUUUCCAUCAUUUGACUGGGACACCCUGGGCAAUGAGCAAGACUGGAGCGCCUCCAAAGAGAUGAGUGAAGCUGCUGUCUUACUGUUUUACCGCCAAAAAAACAAAUUGCAUAUAUAAUCUGUGUAUUCCACAAUCCCACAUGUUGCCAGUUAUGGCCAAGUCACACUUAUUUGUUUAUCUUUUAACCAGUCUUUUAAUAUUUCAGAGAACCUUCUGCUUUGUCCAGCUCUGUAAGAACAGAUCAGGUAUUAUGGUGAAAUUGUCUCAUGUAAUUAAGUCACAAACCAGUAGAUGGUGAUACUGAGCUGUGCAUUCAAAAAAAACAUGAACCUUUUGGCUUGUUGGAUUUUUUUUUGCCAUAUUUGCCUUUACCCUAUGGAGGCACCAUUUGUCAGCCAGCCUUUAAUCUGAGUGCAUCUUCAUGUCCUGGAUGUGUGUUUCCAGCUACUCAAAGCUUCCACUUUUGUCAUCCUCUAUGUCCAUUAAGAUCUUUCAGAACCCUCAGCUGAAGAUUGUUGUCUGAUUCUCUGUGAUCUGUUAUGUUUAUGUCCAGUCCUUCAAACCUGAUUUAGAGCUCAGCUAUUGCUGAGAGAAACCCACUGACCACACCAGCUGUUGGCAGGUAACAGCGAUGAAUAUUAGACUGAGGUAAACGGUUGCCACAUUUACUGCCUUUUAUCAAAUACCAACGAGUUUCAUGAGAAAUUCCUAUAAUGUUGGGAAAAACUACAAAAACAUUAACAGGCAGGGCUGGUAUUUUCUGUUUUAAUGUUUUUUACUAUUAGAAAGACCCAUUGAAAGACCAUGAACAAUCUGACUUUCAAGCUCAAGUAAAUCUGUUCCUAUGAAUUAACAUUUUCUAAACCAAAGCACAGCUACAGAGUUUAGUUUAUAAAGAGGGGAAACAGAUUUUCUAAGUCAGCUGGGCACCAAAGUUUUUAGCAAACAACACUCAAGCAAGAACAAAACAGAGGAUUUGUUGGACUACUUUGAGCAACUGAUUAAUACAAAUUUGGUUUGAUAUCAGAGUAUACAGCAGCAGACAGUGUAAAUGGGAUUGUUGGGCAAAAUAGGUCCCUACUUAUAUGCAUUUAAAACCUUUUUAAUAACAAUAGCGGUCUGUGCUAUAGAAGAAUGUGCCUUGUCAGUAGGAGCAAUCAUUCAUUUAUUGGUUUUGGUGUUUUCAUAAGGUUCCCCUAACAAUAAGAGACAGAAUAUCACCAGGACUAGUGUUAACCCUUUAAGAUCCACCAUUGUGCAAGUCCGCCAGGACAUAUUUUUACAUUUUUACAUGCUGUAGUGCCAUUUUUUGGAGUAUUUUUAUUUGCUUUACAUCAAAAUAACCCUGAUAUCCCAGUUUUUAAUAAUAUGUAUUGACUUAUGUUUUAACUACUACAAAAAAAUUGCUUAAAAG